AUGGCUGACAUUUUACUCUUGCUAACCACGGAACGAGAAAACGGUACUGAAGUGACUGAAUUCAUUCUCCUGGGAUUUGCUGGGCAACACAAGUUUUGGCAUCUACUCUUCACAGCAUUUCUAAUAAUCUAUGUGGUCACCCUAGUGGGUAACGUUGGGAUGAUCCUACUCAUCAAGACGGAUUCUUGCCUGCACACCCCUAUGUACUUUUUCCUCCAACAUUUGGCUUUUGUUGAUCUCUGUUAUGCCUCUGCCAUUACUCCUAAGAUGCUGCAAAACUUUGUGGGGACAGAAAAAUCCAUCUCAUUCAUAGGAUGUUUUGUACAAUUACUAGUCUAUGGUACAUUUGCAACCAGUGACUGCUACAUCCUGGCUGCUAUGGCAGUGGACCGCUAUGUGGCCAUCUGUAACCCACUCCACUAUCCAGUAGUCAUGUCCCGGAGAUUCUGCAUUCAAUUGUUAGUUGCUUCAUACUUCAUGGGUUUCCUGAAUGGCUCUGUGAACACAAGUUUUGCUUUCUCAUUGACCUUCUGCAAAUCCAAGGCAAUUAACCACUUUUUCUGUGAUGAACCCCCAAUUCUAGCCCUUUCAUGCUCCAACAUUGAUGUCAACAUCCUGCUACUGACAGUCUUUGUUGGGUUUAACUUGAUGUCUACUGUAUUGGUUGUCAUCAUUUCCUACAUAUAUAUCCUGGCUGCCAUCCUGAAGAUAUCUUCUAUUGCAGGGAGGAGAAAAGCCUUCUCCACAUGUGCCUCCCACCUGAUAGCAGUCACCAUUUUCUACGGGACUCUCUCUUACAUGUAUCUACACCAUGGUACCAGUGGAUCUCAAGAGCAGGAAAAGGUGGCUUCUGUGUUUUAUGGCAUUAUGAUUCCCAUGUUAAACCCACUGAUCUAUAGCCUUAGAAACCAAGAUGUGAGAGAAGCUCUAAAAGGGUUAGGAAAGAAGUGUUUCUAG